AUGGAGCUCAAGAUCAACGACACAAACGAGGGAUUUCCGAGAUUGACAGAGUCAGUGCACCCCGGAUUGAACCCCAACUACUGCUCAGCAUAUCCAGUCAAUCAUACACCAUCAGACAAAAGCCAUCACAGUUCUCUAUAUCCAACCCCGGAAUUCCGACAAGAACAUUGGCUUCAAGAUGGAAGCAGCUGUGAGACGGAAGACAGUGAACAGUACGUUCCCGAAUUUCAACAUAUAUCAGGAGUAAAGCAAGAAGUCAAUUGUAGGAGAAAUAGCGAAGAAUAUCACCCACAAUAUCCAGGAAAUCCAGGACAAAAUUAUGUGGAUUUGAGUCCAGCAACACCAGUUAAUUGUUUUGCGAGCAAUAGCAAACUCAGUCCCAGGAGUAAUGAACCGCCGGAAAGUAUUGCAGUGAAAGAAGAGCCGACGGAUCGUGGUUACGGCGAGCCCACGACUGUAACAAAUCUCUCAUCACCAACAUCACAGGAUGCAUCCUCCGGUGAGAGUUUAAUUUACCAGAGACAGCAGCAGUACACGACAAAUUUAUUGAACCAGAGAGAACGCAGGGAUUCACCGACAUCGAGUAGACCUGCAAGUGCAUCAUCGGCAACAUCUCAGUGGCCCCAGGUGCAGCCGAGUGCAGCAGCAUCGACCGAGUCGAGUUUUCUGACUCGUCAGGAGUCUUGGUCGACGGAUUAUUCCAAAAGGAGUACAACACCCACCUGGACGGAGCUUGGAGCCCAGCCCGACGCCAGGACCUCCUCCUGGGAGCGUCAGGGCUCUUGUUACCAGAAGAGGAACUCCCCCACGACCUCCUGGAACGCAGACUACAUAAAAAGACCGCCCUCCAGUACAGGACUCACUUCCUGGAGUGAUGUUGCUUCUGGGUACCAGCAGCAGCGACGAGGUUCUCUGCAACUCUGGCAAUUUUUAGUGGCUCUUUUAGAUGAUCCAGCCAAUGCUCCAUGCAUUGCCUGGACUGGACGUGGAAUGGAAUUCAAGUUGAUUGAACCUGAAGAGGUUGCACGACGGUGGGGAGUUCAAAAGAACAGACCAGCCAUGAAUUACGACAAGCUCAGUCGUUCUCUCCGUUACUAUUACGAAAAAGGCAUCAUGCAAAAGGUAGCUGGUGAGCGAUAUGUCUAUAAAUUUGUGUGCGAUCCAGAAGCGCUAUUCAACAUGGCUUAUGGCGCUGGAGGGUCCACCCUAUCCGGUGAAACUCAAGGAAAUGUCAUUAGGAGCCACUCUGGGGCUGUGAAAUCCUCGAGUAUCCCCAAUGAAACGAAUGAUACCAAACAUCCCACUGGCUAUGGAGAUGCUGUCCUCGCGAUGUAUUCGAAUACAGCAGCGGUUUAUGGUUCAUCGAGUUUACACCAUCUUCAUCAGUACUUGGGUACAAACGAGGGGUUCAAGACACCCCCGAGUCGCUAUCACCCUCACCACUCGCACCAGUACCCGAGUAAUCAUUCACAUCAUUAUCACCCCUCGAGCUCACCGUAUCCAGAUCCAUUUGCAAACUACAGUCGUUUGACAAGUCACGAGCUACCCCUGGACAUCAGAACGCAGGACGCAGUGCGAUCGGGUUACGCCCAUGAGGAGAUUUCAACGAGGGCAAAGGACUCGUCCGGAGUUGUGUCAUUCGAGUCGGCGCAGCGCACCCAAUUGCCCAUUGCAACUACAAAUACGCAGACAACUACCAUUUUGGAAUCAACAACUGGUUCAAAAAUUGAACCGGUAUCCUACACGUGUCUAGGAGUCGACAGUUGUGUCUGUUAA